AUGUCUGAAAGGCGACGAUCGAGUAUAAAAAACGACAACAUUAAGGGAAAACUGCAAAAAGAAAGUAGUAAAGGAAAAAUUCAAAAAAGUAGCAAGGUACGAAGCAAUGAAGAUGUGAAUAAAACUAAGGGUGAAAAAAGGAAAAGUAAGGAUGAUAGCGACAAUGAAACCAAAGGAGAAAGUUCUUGUACUUGGGAGGAUAACUUUUGCCUUAAGGGCGUACCAGAAGCGGUCCUUGAUAAAUUCUUCAGUCACUUUUGUAACAACCACCAAAAAGCCAUAUGUAUGCUGAAAGGCAUAAAAGAGGAAACAACUAAAAACAAAGAAACCAACGAAGUUUUCUACCAGUAUGAAAAAUGCAGUGACGCUUACACCAUGAUACAGUUCCUUACUUUUAUGUAUUCGGAAAACGCUCAGUUUAAAGCUUUGAUAGAUGCGUUCAAUGAAAACGCGAAGAAGGAGCCACCAAGCACAGACGACAAGGCAUCGGGUAGCUCCCAGAAAAGCAAAGAAUGUGUUAACAACACCCCUAUAUUGACAGAUGGUAGAAGCCUUGGCUGUGACAACCCAACUUGUGGCACCAUUGAACCGCCUAAAAAUCCACAACAAGUCAUAUGCGAAAACCGGAAGUGUGAUAAGAAUAGAACACUACCAAAAAAAUGCUGCACAUACGAGUCAGAUUCCUUUGAAUCUCUCCAAGACACAGAGCUCAAAUCAAAAGCACCGCAACCCGUUGAUAAAUAUUUCGAUUGUUUUACCGAAGCCUUCUGCUGCAAGAGCAUGUGUUACCCUUGUCGUUUCAAUGUAAACGAUGAGAAAAUCAAGGAGUACGUCAAGGAGUUUUUGGAGAGUAUAAAGGAUGCACCACCGGAGUGUGAAAAAUCUGCAGAAGACUUGAAGAAUCCUCUAACUGUCGAAAAAAAACCUGCAGAUUCAUCGGACACUCCUGAAUCUCCUGAAGACACACCUCCACCUCCUGAAGACACAACUGAAUCUCCUGAAGACACAACUGAAUCUCCUGAAGACACACCUGAAUCUCCUGAAGACACACCUGAAGAUACACCUGCAUCUGCUGAAGACACACCUACUGAAGUCACACCUGCCCCUCCUGCUGAAGCGCCCGCACCUCCUGUUAAAACUCCUGCGGUUGCCAAAACCACCUGCAAAUGCGCCGCGUUCAGGCAGUUUUUCGUUGAAAAAAAGAAGAAGGAAGAUUGGGACGUUAAAGUGGAAGAAGCUAUAGCGUGCUGUCCGUGCCAGCAAUGCCCGGAGAAAAAUUAUGAAGAUGACGGUGGUGAACCAAAAGCGCCCAAAUCUUGUCCGGAAACUUGUGCGCCCUGCGAGGAAGAAUGCGAAGAAGAAGACGAAGACGAAAAACUUACGCCAAACGAAGAAUUUAAACGCACUUGUGCUGCUUUAAUGGAUGCGAUAGAAACCUGCAAAGAUAGCAGUACAGAUCCUAAAGACAAAGGGUGUAUUCCGUGUUGCACAAAGUAUAGUUUUAAAGACAAGGAUUUAGACGAUUUAGACAAGUGUACAUAA